AUGGGACGGCGGCUGACGGUCCGCAGCGCUCAUCCCAAGUUGUCGGGACAGUACCUGGAGAGCGGCUCUUGCGAAGGCCGCCCCGCAUAUGUCAAGAACUGUGAUGAGGUUUGGUUGGUCUUCUCUGAACGCUUUGGAGCAGGGCCUGGCUGGUACUUUGCCAGCAGUUUUCCGCAGGCGGGCGAGCUCCGUUCCUUCUGCCGCUCGGACCUCAGCGACGCGGCCGCGCCUGAGCUGGCGACCUGGCCCCAGGAGCUGCGCCUGGAGCUGCGGCAAGAUGAAGAGAUAGAGGUGCCCUUCGGAAGUCCCACGUGCAGCGCAUGCAAAGAAGUGCAGGAACUGUUUCCUGGGCUGCGCUGUGAGGUCUGUGCGCCGGAGGAUGCCGUGGCGUUGAAGGGGUUGCGCCUUCUCCAAGAGAAGACCUCCAGCAUGCUCUGCCAGAAGACGGCCACGGCCUUUGCAGAAGGAGAUGCCGAUGCCAGACGGCUGCUGGAGAGCAUCCACCACGCACACGCCACCGGAUCCACUGAGCUGAUUUUGGUGCGGCAGCCUCCACCGUGCGUAGAAAUCGGCACUGGAACCAUGUCUCUGCUUUGCGAUGUGAUCAGCUUCAGCGAGCCUUCCAGUGCCCGACGUGUCCAGUACAGCUGGCACAAGGACGGCCAGCCGCUGCCCCGCGCCGGGCUGCCGCGCUUGGUGUUGAGCGGCGCCUGUGAUGCCGAGGGAAGCUACACCUGCGUGGUGACGGCUGGGGAGGACUCCAUCACCACGCGCAGCUGUGAAGUUCGCCUCAGUGCCGAGGCCAAGGAACGGAUGUCGCAAAAGGCGCAGCAACGGCAGAGAUUCGAAUCACCCCUGCGCCGCGCCGCGGGUGCGGUGCAGAUGGGCGACCUGGCGCGGGCCAUUCAGCUGCUGACGGAGGCCAUUCAGGCGGCCACAGAUGAUGAGGCGGUCCGAGCAGAGGCCUUGUGCCAGCGCGCCGAGCUGCGCGUGCGGCGCGGGCAGUGGCAGGAGGCGUUUCAGGAUGCGGUCGACGCCUUAAAGCUGCAGCCCAGCUUAGCCAGGGCGCACGCGGCGCGAGGUGCGGCUGCUGAGGAGCUUGGGUUUCUGGCAGAGGUCCUCGGGCCACGCCUGGCCACGACGCCGCUGGCACCGGCGGAGGUGGCGCGCAUCCAUGCGGCGGUGCGCAGCAGGGCCUUGGAGGCCAUUGCGGAGGGCAAGCUGCCGCCGGGGCGGGAGCUGGAGCUGAUUUCCGCAUUGGACUCGGAAACGGUGCUAUGGAGCCAGCUACCUGCUCGCUUCAAGGACUUCUGGGGCCUUCCGGGUGCAGAUCGCGGCAUCGACUCCCUGGCCUUGAAUCUCACCACGGCCGUGCAAGCGAAAGACUACCAGGACUAUGUGCCGUUGGAACGCCUGGCCACGUUCCACUACUUGGUGCGUUCCGAGGGGUCGCCCUUGAAGGAUCGGGUUCAGCAGAUGGUGGUGGCCACCAACGAGAGCACACGGCUGCCGCAGGACUGGCAAUGGAGCGGCGCAACGCACCGGCGCUACACGCAGGAAGAGAUCGAGAGGUGGCGAGAGCUUGCAAGACAUGAGUCAGCCAAAGACGUGCCGACGGAACUUGCGAAAAAGGACCUGAAGCGCUGGCCUCAUCAACUCGCCUGCCUUGCUCAAUGCCAGAAAUUUCUAAGCAACUCCUCCAAGCGGGACUUCUUUGUUGAAAUGGCCACUGGCACUGGGAAGAGCCUGGUGAUGGCAGACUUGUUGGCUGGCCUGGGCUCGGGGAAGGCAUGCAUCAUCGUCCCAAAGUUGGAUCUGAUGGAGCAACUGGCUGAUUUGCUGGAAGAGAUGUUGCCAUCUCGAAUCUCCCGCAUGGGCACAGGAUACCCUGCUGACUUAUCGGCUCAGCUGUUCGUUUGUGUGCGAAAUUCUGCCUGGCAGCUGCAGAAUUUGACCUUUGAGCUGCAGAUUUUGGAUGAGGCUCAUCACUAUGAGCCCAGCUCGGAGGGUGCAGGAGGGAAUGAGACUGUAGAUGGUGUUCAUGCGAUGCAAGUACUUGGCUUGAAUGCCAAGAAACGGGUCUUCUUCAGCGCGACCUUGCUGAGAAACAAACCCGACUUUGAGUUUGGCCUCCGUCCUGCCAUUGAGGCUGGGAUCAUCAGCGACUACACUGUGAUGGUGCCCAUUCUAACAGCGGGGGAUCCACGGCCUGGGUUGGUGGAGCUUAUUCAAGACCUGCCGAUGUCAAGGAAAAUCCUAGCGUUUUGCAACACGGUUGACGAGGCAAGGUCUUUCACACAUCUCCUUAACAAAGAGGGCAUCGCUGCAGAGCACUAUAAUGGCCACACUUCCAGGGCACGACGUCACCAGAUCUUGCAGAGCUUUGGUCGGAGCCCAGCACGUGCAGGGAUUCGAGUUUUGGUCACAGUGGAUGUCUUGAGUGAAGGGGUUGACCUGCCAUGUGCAGACACCUGCCUCUUUGUUGCACCAAGACAUGCGGUGCGCCUACGUCAGUGCGUGGGAAGGGUGUUGCGGCAGCAUCCUAGCAAGAUUGAUGCCCUCGUAAUUGCACCUCCAUUGGUGCAGGUCAGGGAUGGGGCGUUGAUUGAAGACAUUGAGCUGGGACGACUCUUGAUGGAGCUUGCGCAAGCUGACCCACUUUUGAAGAGGUCUAUAACCCAGAAUCUUAAAGAUGAUACAAGUGCCAACUCGAGGAUUUCUCUGUAUUCGGCGUAUUUACACAGCCACAACAGUGACCCUUUUGAAGAAGCAGCCCGCCUUUUACGUCUUCGUGUUUUUUCUUCAAUCUUCAAGACCAAUCCAAUGGACUGGGAGCUCGGCUUCCGCAAUCUGACGGCAUACCAUGCUGAACAUGGACAUGCGAGGGCUCCCCUAAGAUUCGAGACUGCUGAUGGCGGCAAACUUGGCAUUUGGGUUCAUAGGCAGCGGCGCCUCAAUGCAAAGGGGAAACUGUGCCAAGAGCACGUGGAUCGCUUGAAUUCUCUUGGUAUGGUUUGGGAUCCGUUGGCUGAGGAUUGGGAGCUGGGCUUCCGCAAUCUGACGGCAUACCAUGCUGAACAUGGACAUGCGAGGGUUAGCGAGAGAUUCGAGACUGCUGAUGGCGGCAAACUUGGCAUUUGGGUUAAGACGCGGCGGCGUCUCAAAGCAAGGGGGAAGCUGUGCCAAGAGCGCGUGGAUCGCUUGAAUUCUCUUGGUAUGGUUUGGGAUCCGUUGGCUGCGGAUUGGGAGCUGGGCUUCCACAAUCUGACGGCAUACCAAGCUGAACAUGGACAUGCGAGGGUUCCCCAAAGAUUCAAGACUGCUGAUGGCGGCAAACUUGGCUUUUGGGUUCAAACGCAGCGAUGCCUCAAAGCAAAUGGGAAGCUGUGCCAAGAGCGCGUGGAUCGCUUGAAUUCUCUUGGUAUGGUUUGGGAUCCGUUGGCUGAGGAUUGGGAGCUGGGCUUCCGCAAUCUGACUGCAUAUCAUGCUGAACAUGGACAUGCGAGGGAUUGGGAGCUGGGCUUCCGCAAUCUGACGGCAUACCACGCUGAACAUGGACAUGCGAGGGUUCCCCGCACAUUCGUCCUCGGGCCGCGCCUGGCCGCGACGCCGCUGGCACCGGCGGAGGUGGCGCGCAUCCAUGCGGCGGUGCGCAGCAGGGCCUUGGAGGCCAUUGCGGAGGGCAAGCUGCCGCCGGGGCGGGAGCUGGAGCUGAUUUCCGCAUUGGACUCGGAAACAGUGCCAUGGAGCCGCUUGGUUGGUCAAGAGGACUUCUGGGGCCUUCCGGGUGCAGAUCGUGGCAUCGACUCCCUGGCGUUGAAUCUCAGCACCGCUGUGCAAGCGAAGGACUACCAGGACUAUGUGCCGUUGGAACGCCUGGCCACGUUGCUGGGUGAAGUAAUGAGGAGGUUCCACUACUUGGUGCGUUCCGAGGGGUCGCCAUUGAAGGAUCGGGUCAAGCAGAUGGUGUUGGCCACCAAUGAGAGCACACGGCUGCCGCAGGACUGGCAAUGGAGCGGGGCAAAGCACCGGCGCUACACACAGGAAGAGAUCGAGAGGUGGCGAGAGCUUGCAAGACAUGAGUCGGCCAAAGACGACUUCUUUGUUGAAAUGUCCACUGGCACUGGGAAGAGCCUGGUGAUGGCAGACUUGUUGGCCAGCUUGGGCCGAGGGAAGGCAUGCAUCAUCGUCCCAAAGUUGGAUCUGAUGGAGCAACUGGCCGAUCUGCUUGAAGAGAUGUUGCCAUCUCGAAUCUCCCGCGUGGGCACUGGAUACCCUGCGGAUUUGUCGGCUCAGCUGUUCGUUUGUGUGCCAAAUUCUGCCUGGCAGCUGCAGAAUUUGAUUUUUGAGCUGCAGAUUUUGGAUGAAGCUCAUCACUAUGAACCCAGCUCAGAGGGUGCAGCAGGGAAUGAGACUAUAGAUGGUGUGCAUGCAAUGCAAGUGCUGGGGUUGAAUGCCAAGAAACGAGUCUUCUUCAGCGCGACCUUGCUGAGAAACAAACCCGACUUCGAGUUUGGCCUCCGUCCUGCCAUUGAGGCUGGGGUCAUUAGCGACUACACUGUGAUGGUGCCCAUUCUAACAGCGGGGGAUCCACGGCCUGGGUUGGUGGAGCUUAUUCAAGACCUGCCGAUGUCAAGGAAAAUCCUAGCGUUUUGCAACACGGUUGACGAGGCAAGGUCUUUCACACAUCUCCUUAACAAAGAGGGCAUCGCUGCAGAUCACUAUAAUGGCCACACUUCCAGGGCACGACGUCACCAGAUCUUGCAGAGCUUUGGUCGGAGCCCAGCACGUGCAGGGAUUCGAGUUUUGGUCACAGUGGAUGUCUUGAGUGAAGGGGUUGACCUGCCAUGUGCCGACACAUGCCUCUUUGUGGCACCGAGACAUGCAGUGCGCCUGCGUCAGUGCGUGGGAAGGGUUUUGCGACAGCAUCCCGGCAAGAUUGAUGCCAUGGUGAUUGCACCUCCACUGGCGCAGGAUGCGAAUGGGACGGCAUUGGUUCAAGAUAUGGAGCUAGGGCGUUUGCUCGUGGAGCUGGCACAAGCUGAUCCACUUUUGAGAACGCAUAUGCGCUGGGAACUGGCCUUCAGCAAAUUGACUGAAUACAAGGCUCAGCAUGAAGAUGUGCUUGUCCCCAAGGACUUUGUGACCGCUGAUGGAUUCAGACUUGGUGUUUGGCUCAGCCAUCAGCGCCAGAGCAAAGCCAAGGGGAAGUUGCGCCAAGAGCGAGUAGAUGGCUUGAACGCUCUUGGCAUGGUUUGGGAUCCGUUUGCUGACGCUUGGGAGCAGGCCUUCAGCAAAUUGGCUGAAUACAAGGCUGAGACUGGAGAUGUGAUUGUCCCCCAGCACUUUGUGACCGCUGAUGGCUUUAAACUUGGUGUUUGGGUCAGCAAUCAGCGCCAGAGCAAAGUCAAGGGGAAGUUGUCUCAAGAGCGAGCGGAUCACUUGAAAGAUCUUGGCAUGGUUUGGGAUCCGUUUGCUGACACUUGGGAGCGGGCCUUCAGCAAAUUGACUGAAUACAAGGCUGAGUAUGAAGAUGUGCUUGUCCCCAAGGACUUUGUGACCGCUGAUGGCUUUAAACUUGGUGUUUGGGUUGGUGUCCAGCGCAAGAGCAAAGUCAAGGGGAAGUUGUGUCAAGAGCGCGUGGAUCGCUUGAACACUCUUGGCAUGGUUUGGGAUGCGUUGGCUGACGCUUGGGAGCAGGCCUUUAGCAAAUUGACUGAAUACAAGGCUCAGCAUGAAGAUGUGCUUGUCCCCAAGGACUUUGUGACCGCUGAUGGCUUUAAACUUGGUUUUUGGGUCAGCAAUCAGCGCCAGAGCAAAGUCAAGGGGAGGUUGUCUCAAGAGCGAGUAGAUGGCUUGAACGCUCUUGGCAUGGUUUGGGAUCCGUUGGCUGACGCUUGGGAGCAGGCCUUCAGCAAAUUGGAUGAAUACAAGGCUCAGAAUGAAGAUGUGCUUGUCCCCAAGGACUUUGUGACCGCUGAUGGCUUUAAACUUGGUGUUUGGGUUGGUGCCCAGCGCAAGAGAAAAGCCAAGGGGAAGUUGUGCCAAGAGCGAGUAGAUCGCUUGAAUGCUCUUGGCUUGGUUUGGGAUCCGUUGGCUGAUGCUUGGGAACUGGCCUUCAGCAAAUUGGCUGAAUACAAGGCUGAGCAUGGAGAUAUGCUUGUCCCCCAGCACUUUGUAACCGCUGAUGGCUUUAAGCUUGGUUUUUGGGUCAGCAAUCAGCGCCAGAGCAAAUUCAAGGGGAGGUUGUCUCAAGAGCGAGUGGGUUGCUUGAACACUCUUGGCAUGGUUUGGGAUGCGUUGGCUGACGCUUGGGAGCAGGCCUUUAGCAAAUUGACUGAAUACAAGGCUCAGCAUGAAGAUGUGCUUGUCCCCAAGGACUUUGUGACCGCUGAUGGCUUUAAACUUGGCCUUUGGGUCAGAAAUCAGCGCCAUAACAAAGCCAAGGGGAAAUUGUCUCAAGAGCGAGUGGGUCGCUUGAACGCUCUUGGGAUCAAUGCUGCCAGCUCAUGGGAAGCGGCUGAGCUGCUGGGCGGCGUGCCAUCAGCUGCUCAGCGGGCAGAGGCAUGCCGACAGAAGUUGCAGCAGUUCUUCAUGGAGCAGCAAGCCAAGAGAGGCACAAAACCAGGUGGCGCAGGAGACGACCCUGAGGACAGAUGGCGCCGAAACGGAUGGGAAGGCCGCUAUGUUGGUGGCUCUGCUGGGAGCUAUUUCGGCGGGGGACAGGCUUCUGGUUCUUCCGGCACUUCAAGUGAGUUGAGCAAGGCAUUGCAGCAGAACCUGCAGGUCCUGGGCUUCCAGUCCUCAGAACUGCCGAGCGCUGAGACCCUGCGCAGCGCCUACCGCAAGCUCGCACUGGCCAUGCAUCCAGACAAACCUGGAGGAUCUAAGACAGCUUUCCAGGAGCUUCAAAAUGCCUACGAAGCAGUGCUGAAGGUAGUCUCUGGAUGA